AUGAAGCUCUUUAAUCGCUUUCGUAAGAUUCUUAUGAAACUUAUAUUCUUUUUCCCUUCUCCUUCCUCUUCAAACUCAUCCUCAAGACAAAAAGCUUGUGAUAAAUAUGAUCCACCAAAGACUUCAUGCAGCUCUUAUUACUCCUCUCACUCUCACUAUUCUGAGGCCAUCGCUGAUUGCAUUGAGUUCUUCAACAAGUCGUCACAGGAGGGGGUUUUGGAUGGUCGAAAAUCUGAUGUGUGGGUUUGA